AUGCCUAUGCCUCCGUCUGAACCGCCGUCUGUAAUACCGGCACAGCUCUCGUUCCUUACUAUAUUCAACCCGUCACUUGGGACAACGGACGAGACGCUUCAAGACCAGAUCUUGUUUUACUACUCAACACCGACCCAGACAAAAUCAUCGAAGGAUGCCUCCGAAAAGAACACGGCGAGAGCAGACUCCUCCGAGGAAGAGAAUAAAAGACUACGCCAUGUAGGGCUUGCGCAAGGCAUGGUGAGCUUCGCCAAGAACUUUUCGAAUGGAGAGCCCGUCGAUUCAGUUGAGACUGAAAAUUCUCGAAUUGUGUUGAAAGAGUUGGAGCCUGGCUGGUGGAUCCUUGCAAGUAUCGACUUGACAAAAAUAAUACAUGUCCAAAAAGGAUUAACAGGCUCCAAAGAAGAGGCCUCAAAUGAUACCCAAGUUGAAUACUCUUCCAGAGAACUAUCACCCCCAUAUCUCCUUACCCAACAACUGUUGAAGGCAUAUUCCUUAUUCCUGCUACACCACGGCACUUCUUUGGAAAGUCUUUACACAACAUUACCAAGGAAAACAUUGUGUAUCUAUCUAGAUCGAUAUUGGACACGGUUCGCGUGGAGUUGGGAUGUUUUGCUCAACGGUAACCCGGCGAUAGAUCUCUUCUCCGGCACCAAGCUUGCUGGAGGGGGAGAGUUAGGGAUAGGUGUUGGUGAGGAGGAGUGGGGAAGUGGUGAACGAGAGGUUUUAGAAGGGUUCAUCUCAAGGACUGAAGGUUUGGUUGAUAUGGUAGUCUCGAGGUUUGGUGAUGCUCAGAAGCCAUUGGCGGACAGGGCUUCUGCCAAAAAGGAACCAACGAAGGCUAGGAAACAAGAGUGGACUGGUUGUAUGAUGCCACCUGGUCCGCAAGAUGGUGUAAUAUUUUCUGGGACCGGGACAUUAUCACGGGAGUCUUUAACUCGUGUCUCCCAGUGGAUGGAAUGGGUGUAUAGAUACGGCGAGGAUACUUAUGGAGUACGUGAUGAUCCUACAUCGACUCACCGCCGGAAAAGAAAGAAGCAACGGAAGGGAAAACAGCCCAAGAGCUCCAAAUUUGAGGCAAAUACCAACCCAAUCACAACAACGGCAAAUCAUAAGUCAUCGACCAACCCUCACGAAUUUUCUCCACGGAUCCCUCCUCCUUUAGUUGUGGCUUCAAUGAAGACAAGGAAGGACUCUGAAUCUGGAGUUAAGUCCCCAAAGACACCAAAUGACAAGCCUACAGAUUCAUCUACCUUUGGGACGGAAAACCUUCUUAAUAUCAUUACCUUAGGCUAUGGAUCCGCGUGGGGAAGCACUUCAGAUAAUCCUUCAUCAAACACCGGCACUAGUCCUUCCCAGUCACAAAAUACACCACCAACUGCGGCAUCUACUCCGCAACAAAAACAAUCCAGCUGGGAGGGGGAAUCCGCUGGUAGAUUUCUAAUCGGCCUCCGUGACGACCUUGAAAACGAAGAGAGUGACAGCGAAAACAUAAAGGAGGAAACUUCAAAAGCUGAUCCUACAAAACAUUCUACCUCCAGUAAGAUUAUUUCCCGGAAAAUAGAGGUAACGGUGCAGUCUUCACCGUCCCACAAAGAUACUUCCCCUACACUUGUUCCUAAGACACUGCAAGUGGUUAUAUAUCUGUUCAAACCAUUCAUGUAUACAUUUUUGUUCGAGUGCGACACAAAGGCCCUUACAUCCGCUACUUUCUACCGAACUAUCCACCAUCAAAUUGGGCCUCUACAGAAACCUCUUCUUUCUUCCACAUCACCAUUAAAAGUGAGAGAGAGACUCUCCUGCUACGAUCUCCAUCAGUACCCCAGGGGCCAGGGCAAAUUUUCUCCUCCCGAAGAGCCCCUCUACGACAUCAUCUAUGAGCCGUUCCACCAAACUAUACGAACCUCACUACCAAACAUUCCGGAACCAGACAUAACAUCUGACCAUAUCAGGGCGUACAACAAUCCAAGGGAUGUCGGUCAACUGCCUCCUUGGAGUCGUGCAGAUGCUUUCAACGUGUACACCCAGAUAAUCAACACUUACUUGGAAACCAAGCUUCAACCAUCUGAGCUUGAGAGGAUAUGUAAAACCAACCGUGGAUGGUGGGUCCUUUGGAUGUGUUUACCCGCAGCACCAAGCAACUCCGGUCCAGACGCGACCUCCAGUAACGCAGAGAUUAGCGGCUCUAGCGAUGCCCGAUCGCAAGCGACAGCUGGAGACUUCCCCAGACAGCCCGGAAGCCAUGCGCCAAGGGAAGAACAGUGCGAACCCCCUGCAAACGUCGCAUUUCUUGUGAGAAGAGCAAGCGAUUCCAAGCAACCGGGGAGAGGACACCUCCGAAGCCAAAGCGGGCCGGGUUUCUUUCGUAGUAUUGGCGGUCGAUUUGGAAGAGAACUGGAAGGAUGGUCCGGGACUCCCGGAAGACUCGUUGAGGGGGUAGGACUUGACGCGAAGAAAUACAUUGAUGCGUUAAUCAACCUAAAUAGGUAG